AUGACCGCACAGGCGACAAGCAUCCUCAUACCACUGACCUGAGCUUAGCGGUGUCCUGCAUGUGUGCGUGCAUGUAUGUGUGUGCGUGUGUGUGAGCGGGAGUGUGAGUGAUGCCUACAGGCCAGCAGCACCAUGAAGAUCUCAAGGAGAACUUUGGAUUGACGCUCGGGGGAUAAAGCGCGGUCGACCUGAACCUCGUCAGGCUGUUGGUUUUGGAUUUAUUUGUUUGGAUGUUGUCCGUCUCGCUCCUUUCACCUUUUGUGGACACUGGGAAUUUACGUUUGCUGUACAACUAUCAUUCCGGGCGUGCAAAAUGCCAUUCGCCAAAAGGAUCGUGGAGCCGCAGCUUCUGUGCAGGCACCAGAUCCCAAACGAUGAAGGUCUGCUGUUCGAGGACCUGUGCGCCAUCAGUAACGUGGUUCUGUCCCGUACCUUGCGACAGCUCUCCGACCUGGCCCGGCACGCCUGCUCCUUAUUCCAAGAGCUGGAGAACGACAUUGUUAGCACCAACCAACGGGUCUGGGUGCUCCAGAACAAAAUAGGCCAGAUCCAGCAGACUGCCAGUGCCCUGGACCCUAAAAAAGAAGCAGUGCCCGUGUCAAACUUGGAUACAGAGAGCAAGCUGUCAGUUCAUUAUCAGGCCCCAUGGCACCAACAACACAACGUGUUCCAUCCGUGUACCCGACCACCAUGUCUGGAGGAGCUGCACAAAAACGCUCAGCUCAGUCUCAGAGCCCUGCACAGAGACGAAAAACUGAGCCAGCGGUCCACAAGUCAGGAGAGGAACAAGGUGACCAUUGCUAUCUCAGCCGUACCCCCACUUCCCACCUUCCCCUCACCACACACCAUCCGCCGGCAGCAGAGAAGUUGGCUGGCGCGAGCGCAAGAGAGAGAAGAAAGAGAGCGAGAGUUGGACUAUCAACCCAGGAAGGAGAAGACAGUGAGAGAAACGGAAAUCCAGACGGUUCAGAAAAAAGAGAGACCAGGGAGAGAAGCGGAUGUUCAGAUGAUUCAGAAAAAGUUUGAGUGCUUUUACUCGCUCCAUCCUAUUGAGGGAUGCAUCUUCAUUCCAUGGAUUAGAAAGGCUACCUCAACGGGUGAAGGUGAUGAUGAUGAUGAGGUCACAGCAGGUCAUAGAGUAAAGGCCUUAGCACCCGAGGCCCCCUCCACCCAGGACAAAGAGACAAACUGGUCCAAGGAAAAUGUGCCACCCUCGGAUCAGAAGACAACUUCGGAUGAUUCUAAUGCCGUGUCCUCCUGUAUCAUCCCCAUUAAUGUCACAGGAGUUGGAUUUGACAGGGAGGCAAGUGCACGCUGCUCUCUUGUCCAUUCCCAGUCAGUACUUCAGAGAAGACGGAAGCUGCGGAGGAGGAAGACCAUCACUGGAAUACCCAAACGAGUACAACAGGACAUGGACUCAGAUGAAUCACCAGUAGCAAGAGAGCGGACAGUAAUUGUCCAUGCCAAUCAGCACCAACUCUCGCUGUGUCAGGAAGACUUCUCAAUUAGUGGUCGCCUUCACCACACUCGAGACUCUGGCUGCCAAACAGAUGAUUUCCUCAUAGCAUGUACUGCUGCUCCUUCCCGGAGACGCAUCAGAGCUCAAAGAGGCCAUCAGGGAAUCCCGGCAUCUCUGUCCCACUCAACAGGCAACAUUUUCUCCCUCGGUGACCAGUCAGACUCCACAUACCCAAGUGCUGCUUCCCACACGGUACGAUUGCGAUCUCGCAGCCUCCCACGAGAAGGUGGACGCUUAAUGGAUAGUGAUGAAGACGAUGACGACGACAAUUACGACGAUGAUGAUGAGGAUGAGGAAUUGUCACCAUAUGAAGCGGAGGAUUUUAUUCCACCUGGACCAAGUCCAAGGAUGAAGAUGAUGAUGAUGAAGGAUGAAGAAGAGAGCACCGAUGACCAGGCAGCUCCUGAGCCACUGCAAUUAGGAAGCCUAAAAAGGUUGCAACGAUCAGGGGAACGAGAUCGAGGAGGAGGGAGCCCAGAGCAUAGCUGGAUGGAGAGAGGUCGUUCUCGUCUUCCCCGCAAAGCUGACAUGGGCAGCUGCGAGAUCUCAUCAAGUUCAGAUACUUUCAGUAGUCCUAUUCAUUCUGUUUCUACCACAGGAGUUCUGAGUAGCCAUGUAGACCACAAAGAGGACCACCAGUCUUCCAGUGGUAAUUGGAGCGGUUCCAGCUCUACCUGCCCAUCUCAAACCUCUGAAACUAUCCCACCACCUUCUUCUCCGCCACUUACAGGCUCGUCCCACUGUGACUCUGAACUAUCGCUCAACACUGUGCCCAAUGCCAUUGAUGAGGGAUUUUCCCUUGACCCCGCGUACCAUUCUGAGCUGAGACCACAGGGACCAGGCCAUAGGUCAAGCUCCUUCACAUCUUCAGCUACAGACCAGCUGGACGAUGCAGGAGUUAGUACAGCCAGCGAGGGGGAAUGGGCAUAUCCUCCAGAAAAUGACCAGACGGACCCAGACCAGUACCAUGAACAGACGCAAGAUUUAUGUCAAAGCCAGGACUACCGAUCUAAACGAGCUAUGGAAGACCAAACGUGUUUCAGUGAAAAGUCCAACAACACGGAAAAAGACAUUGGUUCUCGUUACUCAUCUGAUACCGGGAGUUCGUACUCAAACCCAUCUGAACAAUUUGAGAAGAGCAAUCAGAGUUACGGACAUUACAUAUAUAACUAUGCAGAGCAAGGCACUGAUUGUGGUCAAUCCAACAUCAUGGCAGCACAUGUACCCCAUGGACUUUAUCCUUCAGUCUCAUCCGACUACAGAAGAAGCACCAUGACACUGGGUAGGCCCUGCCGUCCACUGAGGAAACCCAAACUUAAACCUCCUCCACCGAAGCGAACGUCCUCCUUAAGAGAGGCCAGUAGUAACGUUGAUGUCGGAACAGACACACAAGCUGAUCAAGACCAACCAAAAAUGGUUACUGAACAAGACCUUACGUUGUCUUCCACAGAUAUAAAGUUGGAACUGGAACUUGGAGGCAUUCCAGAACCGUUACAGACAUCUUGUCUUGUGGCCGAGCCAAUGGGAACGUGGGUCAUGGGGCUGGGAGAUACUGUGGAUAUAGUAGAACCCAUGUCAUUUAGCUCUGCAGACACACACUCGUUUAAGGAUGAAGGAGCCGUGCAAUCGGACUAUGCAGACCUGUGGCUUCAUAAUUCUGAAAUGAAGUCCAGUAGUUGUGAGUACAAGUCCCUGUCUAAUUCAAGCACAGCGACAGGCACAACCGUUAUGGAUUGUAUCAAGUCACCAGACAGCUCUUCCUCCUCAACUGAAACCCAAUCGCAGACUCUUUCCCAGUCUUCUGAAACGAGGACCUCUAGUCCACCUCGUCCACCGGGCGACUUCAAACUCGGGUCACCUGAGAAAUUGGCCGGUCUGGCUUCACCGUCCAGCGGUUAUUCAAGUCAAUCAGAAACACCGACAUCCACUUUGCCCUCAACUUCAGCAGCAUUCUUCCCAGGACCACUGUCCCCGUCCACCGGGAAAAGAAAGCCCAAAGUGCCAGAAAGAAAGUCUUCUCUCUCGUCCCUGCAACAGUUUCCCAGAGAUGGCACUUCUAUUCCCUCUGGCUACAAGAGAGACCCAGACUUCCCACCUCCACCUUCUCAGCUUGACCUUAACAUUCUUCAUGGUGGCUACGUCAGACAUACGCUAUCACACAGAACACAACACCUGCACACGCUUCACCACAACAAACACAGAGUAGCAAAUGUUAUUCCCACCGGAACAAAGAUGUUGCCCCCUGAGACAUCAAAUAGUAACCACCCCCCAUGCCCAAAUCCUACUGCUUUGAUUCCAAGCUCUAAUCUGUUGGCAAUAACUCCAUCAGCUCUACGUUCGGUGCAGCUCCAUUCCGUGAGCAGAUCUAGCGAUAUUGCAACCAGCACCGACCAGGAAUUAGCAAGUGGAGCAGCGACUGUUACUAAACCCAAAUGUCCUCAUAGUGGUUCGACUCUGGCCCCGCCCCCAAUCAACACAAGACCUCUCCCUCCUCGUAGACCUCCACCGAGACCUCCGGCUCAGGAUCACACCUUCUCUGAUCUCGCUCAACCCACUCCUCCUGGACGACACCCUGAUGGGCCUCCGUCUUAUGAAAGUCUACUACUCAGACAAGACCGAUAUGGGCCUGGGACCUUCUGGUCAAUGACAGCAUUCAGGACCCGUAUAGACCCGUUUUCAGAGCCGUCCGAUGACAGUUCACCUUUGCAUCGGCCUGUGCCGCGUGCUCCCCAUCCUUCACCUGUGGAUCUACACACACAUAUCCGCUCACACACAGAGUUCAGAGGUCUCACGCAUUCAAAUCGGGCACACACAGAGUUUCGGAUUUUGGGAGAGCGCUCGUUUUCCCAAGAUGACGAUGAUGAUGAUGAGGAAGACGAGGAAGAAGAAGAUCAAGUGAAAGAAUCACAGAGGGCCACAUGUCAAAGGGGGGGCAUGCGAUCAGAUCACCCCCCACCUCCGGCAUAUGAAUUUGCUGGAGGAUCCCACCUGGACUCAGGGCCCUGGACUAGUCCAGUCAAAGUGCCUGGUACCACAGUGGAGACAUCGCAUCCUUACUUAAUCAGCGAUGCAAGGAAGGUAAGACAAGACAUGCAGGAAGAAGACGAAGAGACAUCAGGUGCUACCAGAAGUGCCCAUCACCUGCUGCCACAUGAGAACAAAGACGAUUCCACCACUCCCGACACAGAAGACUACUUCAGUAAAGAUUCCACACCCACUGACAAUUCACUUUCCCCUUUGACGGAUGACGCCAAAGUUGACGACGAUAUUAUCAUAACAUCCCCCAACAAGAGUCGAACAACUGAGGAUCUGUUUGCCAUGAUACACAGGUCCAAGAGAAAGGUCCUCGGUCGUAAAGAUUCAGGAGACUUAAAUGUUAAGUCCCGCCUCUGCCCCGCAGCACCAGCCAAUCCUUGCAGUGUCUCCAGUGCCAAUAUGCCACCACCCCCUCCUCUCAACACCCCAGCUGCUAUUGCAACUGCUUCCGGGUCACAACGUGCCCCCGUUCCGAUCUACCGCAGCGCCAAGAAAUCCAGUACAUCCAACGAAGAGUUCAAACUCCUGUUGCUUAAGAAAGGCAGCAGAUCCGAUACAAGUUAUCGCAUGUCGGCAACAGAAAUUCUAAAGAGCCCUAUCACUCCAAAGAUCCAUGGGGAAUCAGUUCAGGAAGGUCCCGUUGGUCAAACCGAUGAGACAACCUCAAUGCACCAGGAGCCACCGCUUUCAAACUUUGACCCUAUACAGAUACCGGGCCUGUUUCCCAGGGCCAACUCCGAGAGCUUCACAUCCAAAAUACUGCCUAUGUCAGCUGCAUCUCGACAGGGACGUUCUCGAGUCCCACCUGUAGCCAACAGUAGUCGCUAUAGUACUCGUAGCCGCCUCUACACCGCUCCCAUGCAAGCCAUUUCGGAAGGGGAGACAGAGAACUCAGAUGGAAGUCCCCAUGAUGACAGAUCUUCAUAAAAAUUUGUCGAUAUUCCGUUUUUUGAAAUAGCCCGUUCUACUUUUAUAAUCUUCAUUAGGCGUCUCAUAGAUGCCUUUAGAUGAAUGCACCCCCACAAAAUCUGACUAAAUCUACCCCGCAUUUGAAAUGGUGGUAGAAACUUGGGUUUCAGAUGUUUGAUACUCAAUGACAAAGGGUCAUUAUAAUGUAAUUAGUAAAUAAUAGCUCCAAGAUAUAGUCACAUAUUUUGAAUAAACUGUCUUUUAGGACAAAAAAAAAUACAAAAAAACAGGUCUAAAGUUGGAAAAUAAAGACUAGAAAUUUUGUAUUUGAGUAUGGACAAUACAAGUCUGCAUGUACAAGCACAUGCAACAGUCCGUUUUUUUGUACUUCCUGUCUUGUGCGGUGUGGGAGUGUGCUGCUGAGGAACUGUUUUUUUUUUAAAGAAAUAAAAUAAUAUUCUUUCAACAUUUGGAAGCAUUAACCAGACUUUGCAUAGCACGUUAUAUAUAAAUAAUCCUGCCAACGAUCUGGGUUUGUCGUUUUAUGGAAGUUCGAACAUUUUUCCAACACAGUUCCAAAGUUAUUUAACAGUUUUUCCAUCCGCAGACCUGAGAUCAGGAGUACAUCAUAAAGAAAAGCUGAUACACAAAUUUCUUUACAUAGAUUAUAUCCAAAAGUGAAUAUGAUGCAUGUAUUUUUGUAAAAUGUCUCAGAACAUGAUGAUAACGUUUCACCAUGUCGCAUGAGUCGAAUGGAAACAUCCCCUAGAUUCUCAACUGUAUUUCGUUUUUGUAGUUUCUUCAUAAAACAUGAAUAAUUGAUCCUGUGAAAGCUUUUUAGUGACCUUUGUAACACAUUGCCAUUGAUUCUAAUUGUUUUUUUUUUCUUGAUUUUAAAGAGCAAGGGCCCGUUUCUAGAUGAGGCCCAUUUGUCGAAGACUUUGGGACAAUCGCACAGUGGCCUUUCUCUGCUAGAUAGAUUUACUCGUAUUGUAGGGCGAUUUGAUAUCCCUACACACAUACAGUACACGGACCCUGGCCGGAAUCGCAUUUUUAAAUUGUUCUGAUGUAACUUGAAGCAUUUCAAGGCACUUUUAAUGACCAUUGCAAAUGGUGAAAACGCUUUAGAGAGUCCUCAAUUGGGUUUAACCAGGGGUUCAUUUGCAAAGCUUUCCAAUAACCGACCUCUCUUUUGCACUUCAUGAUUCUUCAAGAAUAUUGAAAAGAAAGAUAUAUCUUAUAAUGAAAUUGAAAAUGUAUAUUUGUAUUGAAUAUAAAGUAAUAUCUAUAUAGGAGGAAAAAAAAAUAUCAGACAUUUUAUAGGGAUUCAACAAGAGUGUAGCAAAGAAGAACAUGUCUCAUUGACAACAUUACAUCCAAAUCUUAACAAUGAACACUGUUCUCCUCUCCUAGUUGCCUACCCUUCAUUUGCACUGACCCAGUAGCACAAGGCAGGUGAGAGCUCAACCCAGUGACUGACUGGUGCAUGCCCUUUUUUUUUUUUGUCCGAGCGCCACAACCGUUCAUUAAUUGCUAUAGUCCAUUUCUCAGCAAGGUCGGGGGUUGAAGUCCGAUUCCGUUCAUUUCCAGUAUCAAGUGUGUUACUAGAGGAAAAGGGUAAAAAGUUUGAACUCUCACCUGCCUAUCACAGCAAACAUUUUACUCACAUUCAGAGACCGCACUUCAAUAGGAACCAUUCACUGUAUUCUGUGAAUACCUCAACAAACAUUUUACUGUUUUACUGUAAAUGCAAGCUAGAUAGACAGAUAGCUGGAUAAAUAUAGAUAGCAAACACAACUGUUUGAUACUCAGCGAUCCUGAACUGCAGAACUGUCACUGUGUACGUCGGAGGGAGUAAAAAAAAAAAAAAGCUGUGAAUUGCUCAUUCCAAUUUUACAGUCAUGAUGCCCGUAAUCGCUUGAUCGUUCCUGAUCAUUGUUUUCCUUUGUUGUGUUUUCUAUCGCAUGCAAUAAGAAAACAGAAAAGAAAAAGGGCACCACCAUAUCAUUAUUUUUUAUCUGAGGGAUGUCUCCAGAUGAGAAAAGAAUUUGUAUUUUCUGUUCUGUUGUCAAGUUCAAUAGUGUGUUCAAUAGAUGUACAAACUGUCUGGCUGAUUCUGUUCUGUAUAGUCGUGAUCACAACAGGGGUUUAUCUUGUACUGUAUAUCUUAUUCACUGGACAAUCAUAUGUUUAAGAGACUGUAAAAAAAAAAAAAAAAGAUUAUAUGGAAAAAAAUCUGAACACUUCUGGUGCUGGGUCCUAAGUCCUGUUGGAGCCGUGAAAGUUGGUGUGAAAGAUAUUUUGAUUGUUAAAUAGUACUUGUAAUUAAUAUUUUUUAACAUUUUUAAUUCCCAAAAAGCUCAGAGGCUUGAAGGUGUUAUCUCUCUGCCAACUUGAAAAAUGCAAUGUGAAAAGACUAUUAAAACUUGAAAAGUAAGAAAAGAAUAACACUGAAAAGCAUUGAAGAUUUGUUUGAUGCGUUUGUUUUUCAUUUAUAACGAUGGCGCAGUGACACAAUUUCUAUUAUUUCGGAAAUCAGGAGAUAAAUUAUACAAAACAGAGAAACUGUGGAAACCUUGAAACCUCCUUGGGAGUACAACAAAAACAAGAUUAUUAAAUUGAAGAAUUAUUUGUUCAGGUGUUUCAAUGUUUUGGUCUAAAGACAUGUGACAGCCUCUGGACAUUUUUUUCAAAGGUGUACAGUAUGGAACAGUAUUAAGCAGAGUUUAAAAAUUCGAUUAUAUGAGAUUUAAAAAAAAAAAACACACACACACACACACACACACAUAAGCAUAACUGUCUAUUUAAAAGACGCUCCAAGCUUUAAAGUAGCUGGGACAAAAACAGAUUUGAAUCAUUUUUGUAUUUUUGUAUAAACUUGUAUAUACAUUUUUAAAGCAGACACUGUUGCAAAUUCUUUCUUUUGUAAAAUAAACAAAAUAAAAGAAUGAAAGCAAAUGAGUUUUUCUGUGCCGUUGCUUAUUUUGGAGCUGAAAAUGCUGAAGAACCGAUGGAGCACAUGGAAAUUAAGGUUAGAAAAAAUCUCCAUUGGAACAUCUCUAUGGGGAGUUUGCAUGUUUUCCUAAUAUGUGCUUCUCUGGACAUUUUGGCUUUGUUUAUUUUUUGAAUUGUUCACUU